GAAUUAUGACGGAAAAUAAAAUCACCAUGACGUUCGGCUCCGCGUUGAGCAGUUACCUGAAUAGCUCUUAACAGAAUCCACCUCGGUCGGUCGAAACCGUAAACAUCGAUCAAAAUCACACCGCAAGACGCCGCGCUGCAGCCAUGUUCCCGCACUAGUCCAUCUUGGGGAACAUGUAUUGUCAUCCCGAUGGUUUUCUUCCACAUAGCGAGGACAUUUCGAGAGAUCUCCAGGAUGAAAAAGCCGCUGCCAUGCUCUUUUGUACCCCUUGUAUAACGUUUCCGUCGUUAGUUGUUGUUUGAAGAGCUACUUACACAGCACCGCGCACGGUGCCGGGAUAUUGAUCCGUGGCAUCCACAGAUUUAUUAAACGCGCACCGCGCACACUCCGCCACAUUGUCGACACAUUAUAGGGCUAAUCGAAUUACUCUUUAAAAAGGGAUUGUGCUUAUUACCAUUUGUCCCGGCAGCGCCACAGCACGCAAGAGUGGAAGGUGCGCAGUUGUAUAUGUGGCCGUGGCGGCAGAUCAACCGGUAUCAAUGCCCAGUAUUCUCCGUCCGGCACUGAAGAAGAUGGCUGCCGAUUCCCCUGAUACGCGUCGGAGGAAUCUCCUGGUGGAAUUCGAAGGCCCGGCCGAUGUGCCGACAAUUGUGGGCAGUUCGUUCUUCGAUGCGGAAGCGGAGGCUAAGGCGCUCCAUGAGGCGCUUAAAGGGUUCGUAGCAAAAAAUAAAGUUGUUAUGGACAUCCUAACAUCGCACAAUAACGGCCAGCGUCGCUCUAUCGUGGCUGCCUACCAUCGACUGUACAACAAGGAGCUGGCAUCCACCAUCAAGCACGAACUGAAUAUUAUGGGUCAUUACGAACAAGCCCUGUUGGCGCUGUUGCUGGAACCCGCUGAGUAUGACGCCCGGGAAUUGCAUCAUGCCUUGUCGGGACCAUUUACGGAUCACGAUACCGUCAUAGAAAUCCUGUGCAGUCGGAAUAACAAAGAGCUUCUGACCAUUUCCGCCAAUUAUUAUACUUUGUAUCACAAAGAACUGGAAUCUAUAAUCCGACACGACACCAAGGGAGAAUUCGAGCAUUUACUAUUGGCCUUACUAUCGGCUCACCGCGAGGAAAACCAAGCACCGGAUUUAGAGCUGGCCGAUAAAGACGCGGAUGAACUGUACCAAGCGGAAACUACCCACUGGGCGGGUGCUGAAUCAUCCUUUACUAGGAUCCUCUCGUCUCGCAGCUACCGGCAACUGCUCAUCACGUUCCGUCAGUUUGAAAAGCUGGCGAACGAGGACAUCGAGGAAGCCAUUAAAAAAAACAUGCACGGCGAGUUGCGAGCACUGAUGCUAUCUAUUGUGAAAUUCGUAAAGAACCGGCAUGAAUUCUUCGCGGAAUGUUUGUACAAGUCCAUGAAAGGACUGGGAACGAAUGACCAUAAAUUGAUUCGCAUCAUUGUUGGACGAUGUGAAAAAGAUUUGGGCAAUAUCAAAGCAGAAUUUCAGAAACUGUAUAACAAGACCUUGGAAUCGUUUAUUGAGGGAGACACGUCCGGGAAUUAUAAACACAUACUGCUUGCCUUGGUCGGCGUUCCGCAUCACCAGCUGAAGCACUGACUGAGAUAUUGGAAUAUGUACCGAUCUGGCAAAUUCUUGAAGGUUGACCGUUGGCGGAGGGUACUCCGAACGAGUUGGCAGUAAUUUAUUUCGCGCAUUGAGUGUGAUUGCCGCGACCUGUAGGUGGUUUUGGGUGCUACAAAUAUUAUUAGUAAGUAUUUAGUCAGUGGCGCGUUUCAGUUACGCGGCGGUGUGAAUUAGCCUGCUGAAAAGAGUGGAUGAAUAAAAAUGGUUGCGCUAUUUGAGAGAAACAUCAGCCGAUAGCAAAAUAACUGUAUGCAAAAGUUUAAAGUUCCUAAAUAGAAAAGACGGCUGCAUCGAGUUAAAACAGGGGCGAAAGGAUGUUUGUGGAGUACUUCUUUUCACCUAAUAGAUUCAUACUGUGAAAUCUUAUGAAAAAAGUACUCAUGUGUGUUUGACGUUACUGAUACAGUGUUACACAGAAGUAGACGAAACAUUUAAAAGAAUUUUAGUGCAGGAGUCCGACAUAAUGUAAAUUACUGGAUAUGAAAUGCUCGUGAUAGCAAAAACUGUGUAAACGAUCGGAUAAACAUGCGGUAAAUAUGACUCCACUACGUCAACUGACGGCUUCUCCCAAUGUGUGCUGACGACACCAACAAUGCCUGUUAAAGUAAUCGCAACAAACAUUCCCUUGCACCAUCGGAGCAACUAUUGCAAUAUUACCUGGCAUUUCAGACUUUUACAGGGAUUAUUCUGAACGGUUUUUACCGUUCAGAAUAAUUCCUA